UUGCCACUCAGCAGCAUUUGCCAUAUAACACGUGGCAAAAACCCCCAAUUGAUUCUCAAAAAUUGAAAAUAAUACAGAGCUCCAAAACCCAAUUCAUUCUUGCCACCGCAGUAUACAGAGGCACACCCAUGGCGGCAACACUAACUGCCUGGAGUUUAUCUCCAGCCCUUCCUUCUCUCUCGUCUCCAAUAACUAAUUCUCAUAAACCCAUUAAAGCCCUUCUUCAUCCCAACUUUCUCAGACCCUUUUCUUCUACCAAGACAAACCCUGUCAUCGGCCUCUCCAGGUCCUUAACCCAAGUACAAAACCCUCUCUGCUCAAGAAUUUCCUAUACGGCCGCUGUAGCGCCAAAGCGUGCCUAUAAGGUACUGGCUGUUUCUGGACUGUUGAAUGGCAAUUUUGAAACAGACGGAGAAUUGGAACGGAACAUUCCGAAUACGGAUGCUACUAUUGAUAUACAACUCCCAAGAAGAAGCUUGCUUGUAAAAUUUACUUGUGAUUUGUGCGGUGAAAGAACAGAUAGGCUCGUGAAUCGAUUGGCCUAUGAGCGGGGGCUUAUUUACGUACAGUGUGCAGGGUGUCUCAAGCAUCACAAAUUAGUUGAUAAUCUUGGCCUUGUGGUUGAGUAUGACCUAAGGAAGGAUAUCGAUGUGGACACAGAGACGGAUAAAGUUUGAUCUGGCUUUGAAUUCAUUUUGCAUGCUUGUUUGAGUUGUCUUUCUUGUUAAGUUAUGGAUGGUUGUUGGAAUCCAAAAAUCAUCUCCCUUGAAAUAUUGAACACGAAGUAAAUACAAAAAUGCUAAUAUUGAUCGUU